CCGCUCUCUAUUUUGCCUGAAGUCCCCGCCAUGGAAACCAACUUACUUGUAGUUCAAUAUUAAACCCACCACUUAUCUGCUACUACCACAAUUGUCGAAUAGCAUAUACUCCUUUGUAUAAUCUUCUCACAGUGACAACUAUGGCGGAUGCACAGAAGCAAAUGCAGGCACUCUCAGACGAGUUCCAAAAAUUACAGACCGAAUUGGAUAGUUUUGUCGAAGCUCGUCAGAAGCUCGAGUCACAGCAACAGGAAAACCAAGGAGUCCAGAAGGAGUUUAACUCGUUGGAUGACGAUGCGAACAUCUACAAGCUCAUCGGGCCGGUCCUGUUGAAGCAAGAUAAGAACGAGGCCCUGAUGGCUGUCAAUGGACGUCUUGAGUUUAUUGAGAAGGAGAUUAAACGGAUCGAGGGACAAAUCAAGGAAAACCAAGACAAGAGCGACAAGAUGCGAGCAGAGAUGCUUCAAUAUCAGAGCCAAAUGCAACAGCAAGCGGCAGCCGCAUCCGCCUCCGCCUGAGCUUGAACACAUACUUGACCCGUUUCACAAAAUGGAGUCUUCGGCGCUUUCAGCUCAGAGCGCAGAAACAAGCCCACACAUUCGGGGAGGGGAGUUGGUGUGCUAGAGCGUGGCCCCAUUUGCAGGUUUUGGGGUUACAGGUCACCUUGCGCACCAUGGCCGUGGACAUUGACCAGGAUGAUACUACAUCGGUUAGGGACGGCUACAAACUGGGGUCGGGGUUUUUACGAACUCGGUUAUUUGAUCACUUGGCAGAUCGCAAGAUGGACGUGUUGUUGUUUUGAGUUGACAAUGACGCAAUCGUCAUAAUACGAUAUUCUCUACCACCCGCAGAUACGGUUGGAUGCUUUGCAGUAGCUGUACUGCUUCGCUGUCAGACCAUUCAUUAUUGUACAGUCAAUGUAAUUCCUAGGGUGCCUUGUGUUGCAUAACGCAGUGGAUUAAUGCUUUACGACCCUUAUGC